UGCUUGAUAUCUUCAAGUUUUCCUUCCUCUUUUUGCAUUGCCUUUCCAUCUUGCUGCGUGCGACAUUCAUUCUUUUGUCUAACAUAGACGUUCAUUCACUGCCCAUCCGGCCCCAAUAGAAAAUAGACUCAUCGCAUUCGCUACAUUUUGCUCGUCGCACAUUACGCUCUCUGCCAUCUUUAAAUCCUCACAUUCUUCACCAUGAAGUUGACUUCGACCAUCGCGGCCGGUGCUGCCCUUGCGGCCGGUGUUUCUGCUGGACAGAACAACUACCUCGGCUUCAACUCUGGCGCCACCCUGCCCGACGAGUCCGCAAAGUUCGAGAAGGACUUCUUGGCCGAGUUCACCACGGCCCAGAAGCUCCCUGGCGCUCCCGGCACCUUCAACGCCGUCCGUCUCUACACCAACAUCCAGGCCUACUCCACAAACACCCCCAUUGAGGCUUUCUCGGCCGCCAUCAAGACCAAGACCAAGAUCCUGCUCGGUGUCUGGGCCUCUGGUACCGCCAACAUCAACAACGAGCUUGCUGCUCUGAGCGCCGCUGUCAAGCAGUACGGCUCCGACUUCACCGACCUCAUCAUUGGAAUCUCCAUCGGUAGCGAGGACCUGUACCGUGACUCGGCCACUGGACGAACCAACAAGGCCGGUGUCGGCAACGGCCCCGAUGAAAUCCUCAGCUUCAUCAACGCCUACAAGAAGGAGUUUGCCAACACUGCGCUUUCCAGCGUUCCCGUUGGACACGUCGACACCUGGGAUGCUUGGGUUAACGGCACCAACAAGGAGGUUCUCGACGCUGUCGACUGGAUCGGUGUUGACGAGUACCCCUUCUACGAGACUGGCAAGGGCAACAACAUUGACAAUGCCGGCAAGCUCUUCAACUCUGCUUACCAGACCACGCUCGGCGUUGCCAACGGCAAGCCUGUCUGGGUCACCGAGACCGGCUGGCCUCUGACCGGCCCCAGCUGGGACGAGGCUGUUCCCAGCGUCGAGAACGCAAAGUCCUACUGGGACCAGGUUGGUUGCGAGAUUCUGUUUAACAAGGUUCCCACCUUCUGGUACAACCUGCGUGACUCCAACCCUGCCAACACGGUCAAGUUUGGCGUCAACCAGAAGCUGGAUGGCACUCCUUCAUUCAACCUGACCUGCCCUGCCGUGUCCAAGUCCAUCAGCUCUUCCAUCACCAAGCCCACCGCCACCGGAAAGGGCUCUACCCCCUCGACUCUCGUCACUGCUCCUUCACAGACUGCCCAGUCCGGCGCUAACAACGCUGGAAGCGCCAAGGGUGCCGACUCCAGCUCUGACAGCUCUGCCUCCAAGACAUCAUCCAGCCCUGCCUCCACCUCUUCCCACAGCGCUGGUUCCAUCAACAAGGUCUCCGGCGCUGCCUUUGCCGGUGUAGCUCUCGUUGCUGGUAUCUUUGCUACCCUUUUCUAAACAAGGGAGAGUGAGAAAAUGAUGUAUGGGACGAUGAUGUGUGGUCUUUAUAGGGUGUUUAUGUGUAAAUAAACUUGUUAUUAUUUCAGAGAGUUGGAUGACAAUUUUUUGUGGUGGAAUUUAGACUAAGCCAACGAUAGACUGGUUGGAGACAAUAAAUGCUUGGAUAUCCUUUCUUACCCUAUAAUUCUCCAUCAUCUGGUGUGUUAUGUGUAUGACUAUGUAUGAUUCGCAUUUUCACAACUAUAAUCACGGUAUUAAGAAAAGGAUGAGUUGUUAAUAUUCUUAGUCUUCUUAAUUACACUUGUUGAAUCGAAUUGAAGGAUUCCUUAUUAAUAUUACACCUGAACGUAUACCACGGAU